UUUAAAGAAAUCAUAACAUUUUCACAAUUUUUAAGUGAGUCAAGCAUUUCCACAAAUAAAUCUUGGGAAGAGCAACAGAACUUUUCGUGCUUAGCAAAGUUCCUGCUGGCCAGGUCAUAACUACAGGCCACAAUGAUAUAAGAAUCCCCAUUUGCCUCGUCCCUCCCAUCAAUGCAAUGCAAUGCAAUGCUCUGUGCUUAACACCAUGUUAACCGAAACUGCAUCCUCCGAUCUCACCGUCAACCCUUGGGAACAUCUCCAGGUCACCCUCAAUCCCGACGGCACCCUCAACCGCGACCGCCACUUCAUACCGGUCACCUCCACCACACCCAAUCCCACCUCUCCCACCAAUCCAGUCCUCUCCAAGGACGUCCCAAUCAACCCUUCCCACAACACCUGGGCCAGGAUCUUCCUACCCCACCGUGCAACGUCGUGCUCGGAGGAGAAACGCCCCCUCAUAGUUUACUACCAUGGCGGGGGAUUUAUUUUCUGCAGCGCGGCUUCGACGGUAUUUCAUGAGUUCUGUGUCACUUUGGCGAGGGAGCUCUCCGCUGUCGUCGUGUCGGUGGAGUAUCGCCUCGCCCCGGAGCACCGGCUCCCCAUGGCGUAUGAUGACGCUAUGGAGGCGCUACACUGGGUUAAAGCCACCCGAGACGAGUGGCUCGCGGACCACGCGGAUCUCUCCACGUGCUAUCUCAUGGGCAACAGCGCGGGCGGCAAUGUGGCCUUCCAUGCAGGGCUGCGUGCGUCCGCAUCGCACGACGACCUCGAGCCGUUGAAGAUCCGAGGGCUGAUACUGCACCACCCCUUCUUCAGUGGCACCCAGAGGACGCCAUCAGAGCUGAGGCUGGCGAGCGACCAGACGCUGCCGCUGGCGGCAAACGAUCUCAUGUGGGAGCUGUCGCUGCCGCUUGGGGUUAACCGCGACCACGUGUACUAUAAUCCAGCAAUGGACGGUGGCUCCAAGCUCUCGGAAGGAGUGGAUAAGAUGAGGUCACUGGGGUGGAGGCUACUGGUCAUCGGCUGCGACGGAGACCCACUAAUCAAUCGACAGGUGGAGCUAGUGAAACUGUUGAGAAAGAAGGGAGUGAGAGUGACGAGCGAUUUUGCUGAGGGUGGACAUCAUGGGAUUGAGAUCACGGAACCGGAGAAGAGCAAGCCUCUGGUCCAAACCUUGAGGAGUUUCAUGUCGACGACUGGGACUGGUCAGGGCGUGGUCGGUCCACCGGAUGGAGUCUCCACGCAAAAUGUGGUCUGAGCUUUUUCUUUGUUUAUCACACCCUAUGAAAUUGAAAGGGUCAUGACGGUUCCGAACCACUCAAUCGGGCAUGCUGUUGUUUCUCGUCUAAAUUGAUUCCUAUCGCCUUUAAGGCUCAAGAGUAUCAUGUGGUUU